AUGGAGGAAGUCUUUAUAUGUAGCGCAGCACGAACUCCCAUUGGCCAGUUUUUGGGACAGUUCAAGAACACAUCUCCAGUCGAUCUUGGUGUCGCUACAGUUAGCGAAGCCAUCAAAAGAGCCAACGUUAAGGUCGAAAACGUCGAUGAGUUAAUUUUGGGCCAUGUACUGAGCGCUGGGCACGGUCAAAAUCCAGCGAGACAAGUUGGAAUCAAAGCUGGUCUUCCUGAAAGCUGCCCAGCUGGACAAGUCUCUAUUCUCUGUGCUUCUGGACUGAAGGCUGUUGUUGAUGGCGCUAGGACGAUCAAAGCUGGCGAUGCUUCCGUAAUCGUUGCUGGUGGAAUGGAAUCAAUGUCGACCGCCGCUCAUGGCUCCAAUCUGCGAAGCAAGAAGGCGAUGGGCACUUUUAAAAUGAAAGAAGAUAACUUUGACGGAGUCGUUUUGGGAGACACGAUGAUGGUGGAUGGUCUGACUUGCGCAAUCAACGGGAUUCACAUGGGAAUAACGGCUGAAAAUAUUGCUGAAAAAUACUCGAUUUCCCGGGAAGAGCAAGAUGAGUACUCUCGAAAUACGAUGGAAAAAGCUUUGGCGGCGAAAAAUAAUGGUCUCUUCAAAGAAGAAAUCGUCAGUGUCGCUGGAAUUGAUGCGGACGAGGGACCAUCUGUUUGGACGGCGGAAGAGUACGCCUCUUUCAAACCAGUCUUCAAGAAAGACGGUACUGUUACUAAAGGAAAUGCAUGUGGCCUGAAUGACGGAGCAUCAGCAGUUGUUUUAGCGAACAGAUCAUCUGUUGAAUCACUUGGACUCAAUAAAAUCGCAAAAAUCGUUUGUUCCGCCGUUGUUGGAUGUGAUCCGAAAGUGAUGGGCUUAGGACCAGUUUUUGCGAUCAGAAAACUGAUGGAAAAGUGUCCCUGGAAGCUUGAAGAAACAGACUGUUUCGAGUUAAAUGAAGCCUUUGCUGCUCAGUCUCUCGGAUGCCUCCGUGAACUCGGAAUUGACCAAUCUAAGGUCAAUAUCAACGGCGGUUCAAUUGCACUUGGUCAUCCUCUGGCCGCCAGUGGUUGUCGAAUUCUGACAACACUCAUUAGCGUGCUCCGACAACAAUCCAAAACUCGUGGUGUCGCUGCCCUCUGUGUCGGCGGCGGCCAAGGCAUUGCCAUGGCCAUCGAGCUCCUCUAG